UUGACUUUAUGUUUAGAUUUUUAAUUUUAUAGUUUUCUCCUUCGUCGAUGCGAUUUAGGUUUAGGGUUUGAGAUAAGACUCCGCGGUCUUGUUAACGUUAUGUUUAAUAUCGAUUUUAUGAGAUCUGGAAUAAUUAUAGUCGUUCUUUCAUUUGCUAUGACUCGUCAAAUUACCUUAGGAAUUGUCACUUUGAAUUCGAUAUGUAGCUUUGAGCUGGUUCCUUUUAAGGGGACAAGGAUACUCCACGUGCUUGCUAUAAUGAAUCCCAAAAUUGGGGGCCUUUGAAUUUCAGACCAAUCCAAAAAUUUAUUCACACAUCAGACACGCGCCUCAAGAUCUUCGUCAUCGGAUGGAUGCAAUGUAGAUGCACACCAAUUUUGCGCAUGGAACUUGAUAUUCAGAGGUUCUUGAAUAACACUGAUCAGCAGCAUUUUGAGUUCCAGCACUUCCCUUCUUCCUAUCUUCGACUGGCAGCACAUCGUGUUGCUCAACACUACGGUAUGCAAACUAUGAUUCAAGAUUAUGGCGUAGAUGGACAGGGAAGUAAAAUAGUGGUGAGAAAGUUAGCAGAAAGCAGGUAUCCUGCAGUCCGCUUGUCUGAAAUACCUGUCAAACAACCAGAAAAUGAUAAACCUGAGCAGAUAAAAAUUGCCAUAAGGCCUAGACCUAAUAAAAGCAAUGUAAAUGAAAUCAAUGAAGCAGGACUGAAAGGAAAUCCUAUGAGAAGUGUGGAAGAGAGGAAGGAGGAAUAUGAUCGGGCACGAGCACGCAUCUUUAGUGGCUCUAGAAGUUGUGAUGCAAGUGAUGCAUUGUCCCAGGUCCCGGUGGAUGUAAGAAAUUGUAGUGUGGGCCAGGAUGAGAAUGAAGCUGGCAAGAACCCUAUGGCUGAUUCAGAAAAAUGCACCAGUGUCAAGGAUAUUGGUUCCACUCGUGUUGCCAUUUUAAGAGAUAGGGAGAAGGAUCGUAGUGACCCAGAUUAUGAUCGUAGCUAUGGAAGGUAUGCUAGGAAUUUUCCAAACUUGGCGCCUUUUAGUCUUCACAAAGUUCCACCUUCAUUUGCUCAAUAUGACAGUAACUUCAAUCGGCUGGGUCAGAUGUCACAAACUCAGCCUUCACUUGGCUAUGGACCCCCUUCAAGCCCACUAUUGAGUCCUUUCUGCCCUACUGGACUGAAUCAGAUGGGUGGGAAUGUUACUUACCUACAGUGGCCAAGUGCUGCUAUGAUGUAUGCACAUUCAUAUGACCAAUUUAGACAUGCUGUUUUUCAGGCUCCAUUUGGUCAACAGCCGCUGAGCUUUGAUUAUCCGCAGAACUACUAGACGAUGGCUGAUGGGGAUUUAUCAAUUUGUACGCUGAAAUUAUUUUAGCUGUAGGUUUUGAGAUUUAGGUUCAUGCUUUUGGAACUCUUAGUAGAUGACCUAUUGUUCCAAUUGUAGUCUGUCUUCCGUUUUAGAUUUUAUCAUAGUAAAAUAUAUUAUGGUUACAGUGGAUCUCAAUAUAUACACAGGUAUUCAUGGAUACUCCUUUCUCCUCUAACGCCGGGGACGCAAAA